UCAGCUGCUCACUUUGCAGAAUACUCAGACCCAAACGCUGCCCAGCUCGGGCUGCCCCGCUCUCCAAAGCCAGCUGGUCUGGCUUAACAACGCUGCUUUUAUUCACCUUUUUUUUUUUCCCCCCCGGCUUCGGUUCGUCUUGUUUGACACAAGGGACUGAUUGAGCAAACCCACAGCUGGAGCUGCUGGGAGUCCUUCCAGGUGAAGAGAGAAGAGAAAGCACUGGUGCUUACUCACUGACAGCCCGGGAAGCGCGUGCUCUGCUCCGGGAGGAGAGGAGUCGCUGGAUGGACUGAAGUGAACCGCUGGACGGAGACACGCUGCAGCGGGACGUGGCGUGACGAAUUACGCGCAAGGGAGCUUCUAGGCAAGAGCUCGGAGCUGAGCGGAGUACUUUGUGUCCAGAGCCGUGGACGGGUCGAGUUUCCCGCCUUGGACUUGUGGGAAUACUUUGGACAUUUUCCUGCCAGAGAUUCAUUGCACUGCGCGAGGAAAGAGAGCUUCAACUGUUUCUCCUCAGAGUAGGACAAGCGGGGGUGAAAGUACCAGCCAGCAGUUUGGGAAUCAGAAGCAAAGACGUUUGAGGACCUGGAAGUGAAUUAAAGGAGCCAAAAGAAACAACAACUGUGAGAGAGAAGAAGAAGAGGCAGGAAGAUUGCUAAGAUGGGGAGAAAAAAGAUUCAGAUCGCACGGAUAAUGGAUGAAAGGAACAGACAUGUGACAUUUACAAAGCGCAAGUUUGGCCUGAUGAAAAAAGCCUACGAGCUGAGUGUGCUGUGCGACUGUGAGAUUGCGCUCAUCAUCUUCAACAGCACCAACAAGCUGUUUCAGUACGCCAGCACCGACAUGGACAAGGUUCUGCUCAAAUACACAGAGUACAACGAGCCGCAUGAGAGUCGGACCAACUCAGACAUCGUGGAUACUCUGCGUAAGAAGGGUUUAAACGGCUGUGAAAGCCCCGACAUCGAAGCCGACGACUCUGCUGGCCAGAGCCCAGAGUUAGACGAAAAGUACUGCAAACUUAACGAAGACAUCGAUCUGAUGAUCAACAGACAGAGAAUCUGUCAGGGUCUGCCUCCGUCUGGCUAUGAUAUGGGGGUGACCAUCCCAGGCAGCAAUCCCAGCGGGCUGCUGUACUCUCACCAGGGCAUAGGGGGCACUGUGACUAAUCACAACAUGCUGCCCAUCACACACUCAUCCUUGCAGAGAAACACCAUGUCCCCUCAACGGCCCCCCAGCGCUGGGAAUGCAGGCAUGAUGGCGUCAGAUCUUCCAAACACUGUGGUCUCUGGAGUGGGGAACGGCAACUUCAGCUCCCACUGCACCUCCCCUGGGCUCAUGUCCCCGGCUGGUGUCUCCAAAAAUAUGCAGGACAAGAGUCCCCCUCACAUGGGCAUGAGCCACAAGCCUGACCUCCGAACUCUGAUGCCACCCUCCAACAAGUGCUCCAUCAUGCCUACCAUUAACCAGAGAAUAAAUCACUCCCAGACAGCUCAGACACUGUCCACACCUGCAGUGUCCAUCGCUGCUUCUGGGAUUAGCGGUUAUCCAUCUACCAUAUCAUCUUACAGCACAGAGUUUUCCCUCGGCAGCGAGCUGUCCUCUUUUUCUGGCUUUGGAAGUUCAGGUCUGGGAUCAGUGACGAACUGGCAGCAGCAGCAGCUGCAGAAUCUUCAGCACUCAGCACUAGGACACAUGGGAAACUUGUGCCAGAACUCAAACCUGGAUGUCCCCUCUGUUCAUCACAACCUCCACAUUAAGUGUGAGCCCGCCUCGCCUCCCAGAGACCGGAGCAUGGGUGUGGGCGGGGCUGGACUCAGAGGAGGCGUGAACCCGGCUGGAUACUCCAUCGGUAGCGGUCGGGGGCCUCACGAAUCUGGCAGUUCCCCCGGCGACAGCGCGUCCAGCUGCGGCAGCUCCUACGAAGGCAGUGAGGAGCGCGAGGAUCUCCACGGCAACGAGAGCUUCCUACUGCAGCCGCUGUCCAAUCAGGAGGAGCGUCACAGCCCAUCAGUAAAACGGAUGAGGCUAUCAGAGGGCUGGGCCACAUAAUGGGAGCAGCCCUACAGGCACAGGGGUGGGGGUGCAAGUAAAGUUACCAUAUAGUGUUAUUAUUAUUAAUAUUAUUAUUAUUAUCACGAUAUUCUCCUUGUACUGAAUGCAUGAGCUUUAUGUUUAUUGGUGGGAUGUAGUUGAGGCGGCAGGUUUUGCAAUGUGUACUGCAGGUAAAUGUCGCCGCAGGUCAGGAUCAGUACACAAAACCUGGAGAACAAAAAUUCUGAAGUUUGAUCUGUGUGUCAAAACAUUCUCAAGAUUAUUAAAUACCUGACAAAAAAUGUAUUCAGCUGUAGAUUAUAAACAAACUGUAUUAUCUCAGUAAGAGCAUUCAAACUCUUUCAAAACGUUCACAUUUAGCCACGUUACAAUCAAAUACUUCUGCUGGGGGACCAGGAUUUUCAGAGUGAUGAGCAUUAUUAGUUUUCUACAACUUACCAGAGCACCUGGGUUCACGUUUUCUGUUUCCUAACCAUGGCUUGAGGCAAACCGUAAACAUAGCUUUCUUCUUGCCAGUCUUCCAUAAAGGCCAGACUCGUGGAGAGCCCAACUAGGAGUUGUGCUGUCGACACAUUGGGGAUCUCUGCAGCUCCUCCAGAGUUACCAUGGGCCUCUUGGCUGUUUCUCUGAUUAAUGCUUCCUUUGCCCGGCCUGACAUGUUAGGUGAACGUCUGCAGUCGGUCCAGCCUCUUCAGAUGCUCAGAUGGUGGCUGGAUCAGAACUCUGUGAGUUGUUUAAAGCUUGGGCUAGUGGUGUAGAGCCUGACCCUAGUUUAACCUGCUCCACAGCUUUCUACCCAACCUGUCUGCUGGGCACCGUCAGAACCAAAGUGUUGUGCUCAGUUAGGUCAAUGUUUAACCACAUUUUUGUUCAUAUCUUUUUUAUAUGAAAUCUUUAUAAGAAAAAACUGAAUUUAAAUUUGUUUUCCCUCUAAUCAGUCAAAGCUCAAACUUGUUCCUAAGAAUCUUUUGACACAUAAGUGAAUCUUGAGAAUUGACUUUUUUAUGUACACUGAUGGAUGAGAAUUUUGCUUGAGAUCAUCAAACAGUGUACAUUUACGGCUUGUUUUCAGUGUGUGUUUAGGUAGCGUGGGGAUUAUAAGUGAACAACUGAUAUGUGAAUUUCUCAUGUGCUGUCAUGUAUGCAAACUAAAGAAAAAGUCAAGGGGAAGAAGUCUGGUACUCUGAACAGUGAAGCUACUGGUGAGUUUUAACGCUGCGUGGAUCUGUGCCGACGCACUCGGUCCACGGUUGUUACACAAGCUGCGUUGCAGGUUCAACACAAACAAACGCUUUUAAAUGUAUCGCACAAUUACACAAGAAUGGCUUUAGAGGGAAGGGAGACGGUGAGACACGUAGGAAAAGAGUGAAGGAGUAGGUGCUGAGAAGGGGAGUUUUGACUAACAGAGUAACCAUUUGAUUGGAAGUUAGAAAGCAGCAAGCUGUCUGAUUUAAGCAGAAGCUUCUACUGGUUCUGUUAUUCAAAAGGCUGGAGAACAAGCAGAGGUGUUGAGAUGGUUGCUGAGAGGUCUGGUUGGAGUUGAUGCAACAAGUUGCUUAGGAAAUAAUCACUGUAUAAAGUUUACUUGAUAUUUGGAUGCUCAGUUUGUGAUUAGCUUUCUGAAUGGUGUGGCAACAAACAAGCCAGCUAGAGAAAAGUAGCCGCAUGGGCUGGAUUUGACAAGAAACUCUGAACCAAACUGUGAAAAUGAACCACUACAGGAUAUCUACGUACAUCCGUACUCUGAGGAAUGUUUCCCUUAGUUCUGCUGAAAACUGGGUUUAAACUGAAAUCAUAACUGGGGUGACAGUAAAAGUUUACACUAAAAACUAAAAGACCAGAUUAAUGUUGGAAGCCCAACAAGUGGAAUGUGGUGACAUCUAGAGGCCAACGUUUGACACUGCAGCAAAAUAAUUCCUCUCCAUUUACCUCUGAUCUGGGCUGGCCAUAAAACAAAUGUAAAAGUUGAACUGUUCGACUUGUCUCCUUUAUAUUUUUGUGAAUGUUUUUUUUUUUUUUUUGGUUUUAAAAUCUGAUAAAUUUCCAAAAAGUAUACAAAGGGAAAGACAUGUUUCUAUCAAAAUUGAAAGUAUUUAAAGUUUGUAGCAAUAAAAUAUUUGUAUUUUAAGGUAAUGUUUUAAAAUGGUUAAAUGGUUCCCCAAAAACACUAAACAUGCUUCUACUAAUUUUUUUUCAACUUUAAAAGGAACAAGAAACCCAAUGAAUAAAACAACAACUUCCUUUUUCAUGCUGCUGUGGAACAAAUGAGUGUUUACUAUUAGGCACUAUUAAAUAACACAGUCAAGUAAGCUUAAUUCUUCUGGUUGGGGGGGGGGGGGGGCAGACAUUUUAGUCCUUGUCCUGUGGAUGGGACUAAAAUGAUGUCUUCAUAGACAUGCACACUGAUAUUUAGAUGUUCCGAGCAAAGCCCAUUCCAGUGUAAAUGCCUCUGUUGUGGUUCUCUUUCACUGUUUUCUUUUCAGUCCACAUAAAGCAAGAUUUCAGUUUUGGCCUUUUCCCACUAUGUUGUGAGCUUUUCCGUAUCGGUAGUGGAGCGACCCAGUGUGAUCGUUCAGAGCCAGGAGCUAUAAAGCUAAAACAUACAGAACAUAGAUGCUUUGCUGCACAAACCUGUGGCGUUGUGUUUUAGAGACUAUAGGUUUCCUUUGUUAUUUAAUCAAAGGGGUGUUUUAUUGAGUUCUGCAGUCCAGUCUGAUGCUUGCGAUAUAAACCCAACAGAAAGCACAAAGUUAUAAUGGCUGGUGUCAGACCCAGGGAGAGUUCACAGCAAUCUUACUGGUAUUUGUUCAGGAACUUUUACAGGGGUGCAGAAUUUACUCAGGUCAUUUAUUCAAGGGAAUAUCCUUUUACAGCAACCAAGUAUUAUCAGUAUGAUGCAAGAUCCAGUAUGGAUCUUGGGGUAACCUGUCCACUAGGGUCACAUUUUGGCUCAGUUUCUUUAUAAAUAAUCAAAUCACAGCAAACGUUAUCUCAAGACACUUUGCGACCAAAGCGGGUCCUAUUCAUAUCCAGUUAUAUAGAAACAAUUUAUACAGGUAAAAUCAAAUCAUGUUUCCGAUUGAAUUACAUAUAGGCCAAUGUGAUCAUGUUUAUAUGCUACACAGCACGAAACACUGUUAAACCGUUUGCUAAGGGGGAAAAAAACGGCCAAACAUUUAGGUUUGACUGGAAAUAUAAGAAGCCCUAACCAAAAUUGUAAAAGCAAGAUCCAAGGAGAAACCCAACAGAUGCACAAUUCCAUCCUUAGCUAGCAAAAUAAGCUAUUUUAGCUACUUCCAGGUGGAGGCUGAUGUCUGAAUGUGAAAUCUCAGAAACUUUCAGACACAGCCAGCAAGACUUUGGCUUGAGUAAAUGUGUUCAAGUCUGGUGCUUUGCAUUAACCCUGGAUGUUGGAACUCUGAUUUGGAAAUUAGUUCAGACCUAGUUUAAAUAUGUUUCAGCUCCAACUUGGAAAUCCUGCAGGAUUUGCUAAUUGUUGCACUAAUUAGAGAGGUUCAUGUUGUUUUUCUAAGUAUUUUAUGCAUCUAGAGACAAAAAAGUACCGUCCAGUACCCAUAGAUGUGCUCUGUGUGUUUUAUUUCAAAGAGACACAAAACGUCAGAAGAACCAAUAAACAGAUAAACUCUGCAGCGAUCACUGUUUAUGCAGCCAUGUUGGAUUUAGGGGUUGAGGUUGGUGGAAAAGCCUCCAACUUUGCAGGAUAUUCCAGUUGAGCUUUUGAACUUUAAAUUUGAUAGUGUACUAGUUUCAAGUACAAAUAACACACAAAUAAUUUCCCCUGAUGCCAUAUUUUAGCCGGUCUGACGCCAGCCACACAUCCAGGUUUUUUCAAACAAAACUGGACUGCAAUCAACAUCCCUGUUAGAUAUUUCUUUUUGUUUAUGUUGUUUUUUUUUCUCUGUGUAUUAAAAAGACAGAUGUGGCUGGGGGUGCAAAUUUGAAUAUUUUUGCUUAAAACUGUAUAUUUGGAGUUCGAGCCCUCAGCCACUCUUCAUUUUUUUCUGCUCAGCACCAGAAGUCCCUUAGGAAAUGGUGGAGCAAACCACAUUACUGUUUAUUGACUAUAUGGCUGAGCCUCGGCAGAGGUUCUCCUCUCCUCCAUCAGUCUGGAUGGAUAUUUGGGUCUAGCCUAAAAGAUGUGAAGAACAUUAGCCAGGAGCUCAUCCAUGGGCUCCAGGUGGCGCCAGCUGACUGCGGGUUCAAAUGGGAGGCUGGCUUUAAAAAGGAAGAAAGAAUAGAAACUAAGCAGAUCCAUUUAUAUGCACAUAACUCUGAAUCUUUACAUUGUUUCUGUAACCAGUUACUUCCUGGACUUCUGUCAGGUACCGUACCUAAAAGGCUCUAAAGAAAUAGCUGUAUUUAAUUUUAUUUAAAUUUUUUUUUUUUUCAUCUGGCGACAUUACUGAAUGUCUUCUGUACAACGAAAUGUACAAGUUUUGGUCUGCAUUCUCCCCUCAUCACAUGCUUCCAGUCAUCAUGACUUAGAUUUACUGAGAGAUUGUUAGCGGCAUAAGCUGGCCUUUUGUCGCCACCUGACACAACCAUGAUCCAAGCGCACAUCGGUUGUUGUAGAACUCCCUCACUCAGAACUGUGGUAGUGUUUGUAUUUUGCAGAAAAUAAAAAUGCCCAUGUUUUGUUCCACA